AUGGAUACCGUCCAAGAUGACGCGAAUAAACAAGAGAAGAAGGAAAAGCAGAAAUCCGUCCCAUACUACAAGCUGUUUCGAUUUGCCACCCCUAUUGAUCUGCUGAUGAUAUUUGUCGCGGCGGUUUUCUCUGCCGGUAUCGGUGCGGUCAUACCACUCCAGAUCAUUUUAUUCGGUAAACUUCUUGGGAACGUCGCCGAUAUGAUGGGAGACCCCUCAAAAAUGCUCGACUCUGCAAUGCCCAUGAUUCUCACCUACGUGUAUUUGGGUACUGCUGUACUUGUGGCUUCCUACGUUGCCAAUUGUUUAUGGGUGCUUACGGGACGAAACCAAACACGCCGCAUUCGUAUCCUUUAUCUCCGCGCUAUCAUGCACCAAGACAUGGCUUGGUUUGACAAGGCGGAAGAGGGUUCUCUUAAUAGUCGUCUGGCUGCCGAUACCCAAAUGAUUCAGAAUGGCAUUUCCGAGAAAAUGGGGCUCUCCAUUUAUUGCUUUGCCCAGUUUGUGUCUGGUUUUGUCGUCGCCUUCACUCAGGGAUGGAAACUCGCCGUUGUGAUGCUCGCUGCUGUCCCUUUCUUGCUCGGUGCUGGCGGGGCCAUGGGUUACUUUAUCACGAAAUACACGGUCAUGGCGCAAGAUUCGUAUGCUGAUGCUGGCGCGGUCGCUGAACAAGUCUUUGCUGGUAUUCGCACCAUUUAUUCCUUCUCACUUCAGAACCGCUUCUUACGUCGUUACAACGAUCUCUUGGAAAAAGCCAUGACCACCGGUAUCAAACGUGGCACUGCGCUUGGUCUCGGAUUCGCUGGUUUUAAUCUCGUUCUUUUUUGGACAUAUGGCUUGUCUCUAUGGUACGGCUGCAAACUGGCAACAGAAGGUCACGUUGACGGUACGACUAUACUGAUCGUUUUCUUCGCCAUGAUUAUUGGCGCUUUGGUUCUCUUGCAAUUGCCGCAAAAUUUUUCUGCUGUUUCGAGUGCUGCUGGUGCCGCUUACAAGAUCUUUGAAACCAUUGACCGCAUACCGGCGAUUAACGCCGCUUCUAAUGAAGGUCUCGUUCCCAGUUCGCUUGAGGGGGACAUCGAAUUUCGAAAUGUUCAGUUCAGCUAUCCGACGCGCCCCAAUAUUCCCGUAUUGAAAGGCCUGAGUCUCAAGAUCCGUCCUGGUAUGACUGUAGCGUUUGUUGGUCCUUCUGGUUCAGGGAAGUCAACGAGCGUCCAGUUGCUACAACGCUUUUACGAUCCUAUCGAAGGUCAAGUACUCUUGGAUGGCCAUGAUCUCAAGACUUUGAACGUGAGAUGGCUUCGUGACCAAAUCGGUGUCGUCAGUCAAGAACCUGUUCUAUUCAACAUGACGAUUCGCCAAAAUCUUUUGAUGGGCGUCCAGCACGAUGUGACCUCGGAUGAAAUUGUCGAUGCUUGCAAGAAGGCCAAUUGUCACAUGUUUAUUACACAACUGCCCAAUGGUUACGAUACAAUCGUAGGAGAACACGGGGGUAUGAUGUCCGGUGGCCAGAAACAACGUAUUGCUAUUGCUCGUGCUAUUCUCAAGAAUCCGGCUAUUCUCUUGUUAGAUGAGGCCACUUCUGCUUUGGAUACGCAAUCGGAACGCCUCGUGCAAACCGCUUUAGACGCUGCUUCCGUUAAUCGUACGACCAUUGUAAUCGCCCAUCGUUUAUCUACGAUCCGUAACGCCGAUCUUAUUGUGGUCAUGCAAGAAGGUGAUCUUGUGGAGCAAGGAACACAUAACGAGCUGCUCGAAUUGGGCGGUGUUUAUGCGGGUUUGGUGAAAAAACAAGAAAUCAUCACACAGAAUGGCGACACGAGUGAACAACUUCCCACUGACGAUGAACUUUUGCGCAAAGAAACUCGUGAUCUCGAGAAGGAAAUAAUCGCUGCCGAAGGUACAGAAGUUCUCGUGGAUGAUCAAGAUUCCAAUCUCGUCAAGAUGAAUACGCGGACUUCGGUGGAUGCCUUCCAAGUCAAGUUGCAAAAGGAAAAAGAACAAAAGAAGCUUGCAAAGAAGCAGAAAGCUCCCGUUGGUCGAGUUCUCAAGCAAAUGCGUCCAGAAUGGUUACUGUUGUUUCUCGGUGUCAUAGGCGCUACUUUUGCAGGCGCUGUGUUUCCCUGUUAUGCUCUUGUCAUUGCGCAAGUGAUUAACCUGGUUAUGUUGAAUACUGGUGCCAAUGACAACCAUGCCUUGAUUGCGCCUGGUCCAAUGCAGGGCGGGAACCUCUUCUCCUUCUUAUUCGUCAUCUUGGGUAUUGUCGCCUUUUUGGGUAUCUCCUUGCAAAUCAUCUCUUUCGAAGUGGCCGGCGAACGAUACACGAAACGGCUUCGCGGCGAUAUUUUCAACGCUUUUAUGAAGCAAGAGAUCGGUUAUUUCGAUGAUGAAGACAACACCUUGGGCAGUCUGACUUCGAAGCUUGCUAUUGAUGCGAAGAAUGUGAACGAAAUGGUAACCAAGACAUGGGGUGAUGCUAUUCAACUUGUGAUGACGGCCGUUGUUGGUUUCAUUAUCGCCAUGAUCUAUACCUGGGAAGUGACUUUGGUUAUCAUGUUGAUGGCUCCUUUCAACAUCGCUGCCGCUGCUUAUGAAAUGAAGAUGGAGAACGGUUACGAGGAUGCGACGCAGAAAGCCAACCAAAAGAGCGGUGAAGUAGCUGGUGAAGCCAUCAAGGAGGUCCGAACUGUGGCUGCCCUGAACAAACAAGGGUACUUCGAGGACAAGUUCUUUAAAGCAACUGAAUAUCCUCACAAACUUGCAGGACGUAAAGCAUUCACAGCCUCCGUCGGUUAUGCCUUCAACCAGGGUAUCAACAUGUACACCAAUUCCAUCGUUUUCUAUGCCGGCAUCCAUUUUAUUAUGAGUGGACGCAUCGAUUUCAUCGACUUUUUCACUGCGCAUAUGACUAUGUUCACUACAUUGCAAGGUAUCGGUCGUUCAAGCGCCUUCAUUUCCGCGUUUGCCAAAGCCAAAUUUUCCGCUAUUGGUGCCUUCGCUAUCCUUGAUCGCGUACCUGCAGUUGAUCCCGAUAUGGAAGGAAUUGAGCCCAGCACUGUACAAGGAGACAUCGAUUUCAAGAAUAUUACGUUCCGUUAUCCCUCGCGUCCUGACGUGCCUAUUUUCGAUGGCAACUUCAAUCUUCAUGGCAAAUCGUGUACAACUAUCGCCCUUGUGGGACCUUCUGGUUGUGGCAAAUCAACCACCGUCGGUAUGCUCCAGCGUUGGUAUAAUCCGCUCGAUGGCGUUGUAUCUUUGGAUGAUCAUCAUGUGAAAUCCUUUACCGUUGGUAAUCUUCGCAGCCAUAUGGCUUUGGUUGGUCAAGAACCGGUAUUGUUCGAUAUGUCGAUUGGCGAGAAUAUCCGCUUUGGUGUCGAAGAAAGCAAGAACGUUACGCAAGAAGAAGUCGAAGCAGCUUGCAAGGCGGCCAACAUCCACAAUUUUAUUGUCAACCUGACGGAUGGCUACGAUACUCGCGUCGGCGAUAAAGGAAGUCAACUAUCUGGCGGCCAAAAGCAACGUAUUGCGAUUGCCCGUGCUUUGAUUCGCAAACCCAAGGUACUAUUGUUGGAUGAAGCAACCUCAGCUUUGGACAGCGAAUCCGAGAAAUUGGUGCAAGCUGCUAUCGAUGAUAUCCUUGACGAAGGUGGACGCACUACGAUUACUAUUGCUCACCGUCUGUCGACUAUUCAGAAAGCUGAUCUUAUUUGCGUGAUCAAAAAUGGUCGCGUUAUUGAGCAAGGCACUCACUGGGAGCUACUGAAACUCAAUGGAACUUACAGCGAGCUUGUUCAUCACCAAUCGUUGAACGCCAACUGA